GUCUGAAGUCCGCAGCUGUCCCAAACGCUCACUUUGACACACGGAGACAUGAGCUGAGCUCCACAUUCACUUGGACACACAUAGGCACACACACAAACACACAACCAACAUACAACAACCCACAACCAACAACCCACAACCAACAACCAACAACCAACAACCAACAACCAACAACCAACAACCAACAACCAACCAACCAACAACCAACCAACAACCAUCAAACAACAACCAACAACCAACAACCAACCAACCAACAACCAACAACCAACAACCAACCAACCAACAACCAACCAACCAACCAACAACCAACAACCAACAACCAACCAACAACCAUCAACCAACAACCAACAACCAACCAACAACCAACAACCAACCAACCAACAACCAUCAACCAACAACCAACCAACAACCAUCAACCAACAACCAACCAACCAACAACCAUCAACCAACAACCAACCAACAACAACAACACCUGCUGUCUUUCUGACCUUGCGACAAGCAGACAGGAAGUCACCUGCGAUACAAGACCUGGGCCAGUAGGAAGUGUUUUUGUGACCAGGUGGUCCAGGAGUCCUGAGGUGGGCCAAGGUGGUCCAGGAGUCCUGAGGUGGGCCAAGGUGGUCCAGGAGUCCUGAGGUGGGCCAAGGUGGUCCAGGAGUCCUGAGGUGGGCCAAGGUGGUCCAGGAGUCCAAGAGCAGCUGAAGGUGGAGCAGUGACAACACAAAUAUGGACCAGGAGGAUGACAAGAACUCGGUGGACAUCCACGACAACCCCCCCGCCCCCGACAACGUGGUGAGGGAGGACGGUGACACGGUGUACUUCAUCUACGAGGAGGAGGUGGAGGUGGAGGAGAAGGAGCCGGAGCCUCCUCCCCCGGUGUUGCGUGUGAACGACAAGCCCCACAAGUUCAAGGACCACUACUGCAAGAAGCCCAAGUUCUGUGACGUCUGCGCUCGCAUGAUCGUCCUCAACAACAAGUUUGCCCUGAGGUGCAAGAACUGCAAGACCAACAUCCACCACUCCUGCCAGUCCUACGUGGAGUUCCAGAAGUGCUUUGGCAAAAUACCGCCUGGCUUCAGACGAGCGUACAGUUCUCCUCUUUAUGGCAGCGACCAGCCUGAUCCAAACAACCCCAACCGUAACGACCCGGUGUUUGACACGCUGAGAGUGGGAGUCAUCAUGGCCAACAAGGAGCGCAAAAAGAACGACAACGACAAGAAGAAUAUGAUGAUGAUGAUGGAGGAAGAGGAAGAUGACAACCAGCAGCCCAAAGAGAACGAGGAAGGAGGAGAAGGAAAGCCAGAAGAAAAGAAAGAUAAAGGAGGAGAAAAAGCCGAUGAGAAAAGCAAGGGCACCUUCUCCCAGUCCCACUACUACCUGGCUCUCUACCGCUUCAAGGCCAUCGAGAAAGAUGACCUGGACUUCCACCCAGGUGAUCGCAUCACAGUGCUGGACGACUCCAAUGAAGAAUGGUGGAGGGGCAAGAUGGGUGAGAAGAGUGGUUACUUCCCCACCAACUACCUGAUCAAGGUGCGUGCGUCUGAGCGCGUCUACAAGGUGACUCGCUCAUUUGUGGGCAACAGAGAGAUGGGCCAGAUCACUCUGAAGAAGGACCAGAUUGUGGUGAAGAAAGGAGACGAGAAGGGAGGUUACCUGAAGGUCAGCACCGGACGCAAGCUGGGAUACUUCCCCUUUAACCUGCUGCAGGAGAUCACUGUCACAUAAACAACAACAACAAGAACAACAACAAGCUGGGAUACUUCCCCUUUAACCUGCUGCAGGAGAUCACUGUCACAUAAACAACAACAACAACAACAACAAGCUGGGAUACUUCCCCUUUAACCUGCUGCAGGAGAUCACUGUCACAUAAACAACAACAACAACAACAAGCUGGGAUACUUCCCCUUUAACCUGCUGCAGGAGAUCACUGUCACAUAAACAACAACAACAACAACAAUCUGGGAUACUUCCCCUUUAACCUGCUGCAGGAGAUCACUGUCACAUAAACAACAACAACAACAACAAGCUGGGAUACUUCCCCUUUAACCUGCUGCAGGAGAUCACUGUCACAUAAACAACAACAACAACAACAAGCUGGGAUACUUCCCCUUUAACCUGCUGCAGGAGAUCACUGUCACAUAAACAACAACAACAACAACAAGCUGGGAUACUUCCCCUUUAACCUGCUGCAGGAGAUCACUGUCACAUAAACAACAACAACAACAACAAGCUGGGAUACUUCCCCUUUAACCUGCUGCAGGAACAAUAUAUUCACUCAGCUCAAGCAGGGCUGUGCAAAGUCUGGCCCCAAGCUAAUAUUUCAACCCACAAUCCUUAGCAUAUUAGCAUGCUAGCUUUUUUUUGGUGCAAAUUUUACAGCUAAUCCCCUCAGCGACACAUAUUUUACUACUUGUAUGCUGACUUUUUUUAAAAAUAUUGUUUUGUUGGUAUACACCUCAGCCAUAUUUCAAUAUUUCACGCAUGCUAACAUUAGCAUGCUAGAUUUUUUUUGCUAAUUAUGCAGGUAAUCACCUCAGUGACAAAUAUUUUGCUAUUUGACGAAUGAUACUGGUUAGCAUGCUAACAUGAUUUUUUUUAAACUUAUUUUGUUGGUAUACACCUUAGUCAUAUUUUAAUAUUUCAUGCAUGCUAGCUUUUUUUAGGUGCUAAUUUUGCAGGUAAUCACCUGAAAGUCAAAUAGUUGGCUGCUUGAAGAAUUAUACUUGUUAGCAUGCUAACACUAAUAUGCAAAACAUUUUUGUAGCUAAUUUUGUGGCAACAAAUCUUUGUCAUAUUUAGGCACUUGAUGCAUGCUAACUUUGUUUGCUAACGUUGCAGGUAGUCACCUCAGAGACAAAUAGUUGGCUACUUUUAGGAUGCUAACUUAGUAUGCUAGUUCUUUUUUUCUUUUCCUUUUUUUUUAAACUGAUUUUGUCAGUUCAAACAUUUUAUGUCAAAAAAACCCCGCUAAAAACUUGCAUUAGUUUUUUCCCCCCAAAACUGUCACUAUUUGAUUUCUAUUUAUUAUUAUUUUUUGAGUUGAAAAAAAAAAUCCCACAAAACAUCUUUUUGGAUCCAAAAGGGUCCCACUCAUAAAAGUGUUCAAAAUAAGUCUUACUUUGACUUACGUCGACUUCAAAUUGAUCAGCCCAUUAUAAGUUUUUAUUCAAUGUAUUUUGAAAUAUGUUAGUUUUAUGCCCAAAGAAAAGCGCCUUAAAUGUGAAAUGUUGCCUUCAAAUAAAGUUGAAUGUGGAAUAUUUGAUGUAAAAAUUGCAACCUUGAAUAUGUCAAUAAUUCACAACAUCAUUGACUGUUUUUAAGAAAAACAUAACUUGCAUGGCAACGUUUGCUCUUUUAUUCCACUUGUUUAAUGUUUUUGAUAAUAUUUGUAGGAUGAAGAUGAGCACUUGGGACACUUCUGCUUUACAACAAUAAAAUGUUUUAAUGUGGGCAAACAUUUAA